CACACUGUAUAAUAUAAGGUCAAAAGUCAAAUAUUAUUCUGUGUGCCCACUUGAUCCCGAAAAAAAAAUAUUAUCAACAAACAACAGAGCAGAGAGAUUCUCUUAUAUUGAUUCCUCUCACACUCUCUUCUUCCUACACGUGUCCUUGCUUACUCGAAUCUCUGCCUUCUUCUUCUUCUUCCUCCUUUCACUGUUCUCGAUUUCAAUCCGUUGCUCGACGAAACGAAUCGAAUCUUGACGAUGGAGGAUCCCGAUAACAAGAAGCUCAGAUCAACCCCGCGGAACGCCGAUGACGUCAUCUCGCUAGUAAUGCCGUACGUAACCGACCCCAAAGACCGCGAAUCCGCCUCCCUCGUCAACCGAACGUGGCUCAGAGCGGACUCCGAGACGAGAUACCACGUCACCAUGGCCCUAUGCUACGCCUCCGCACCCGAUCGUCUCAGCGCGCGGUUCCCGAACCUGAGGUCGCUCAAGCUCAAAGGGAAGCCUCGCGCCGCGAUGUUCAACCUCAUCCCCGAUAAUUGGGGAGGGUUCGUUACCCCCUGGGUGAACGAGAUCGCCUUGUCGCUCCGGAGGAUCAGGUCGGUGCAUUUCAGGAGGAUGAUCGUGCGUGAUUUGGAUCUUGAUGUUUUGGCGAGAGCGAGGGGGGAUGAGCUCGAGGUUUUGAAGCUUGAUAAGUGCUUGGGGUUCUCUACCGAUGGGCUCUUGAGCGUCGUUAAACACUGCAGGAAAAUCAAAACGUUGUUGAUGGACGACAGUUCUUUCCUUGAAAAGGAUGGUAAAUGGCUACACGAGCUUGCCCUGCACAACACGUCUCUCGAGGUUUUAAACUUCUACAUGACUGAGUUUACAAAACUCAGCCCCAGAGACUUGGAAACCAUAGCUAGGAACUGCCACCGCUCUCUGGUCUCUGUCAAGGUCGGUGACGUUGAGGUGCUGGAGCUACUCGGGUUCUUUAAAGCUGCUGUUAACCUUGAGGAGUUUUGUGGUGGCGCCUUGGAUGAGGAUCCUGAAACGCCUGACAAGUACAUCAAACUCACUUUCCCUCCAAAGCUAAGUCGUCUGGGCCUCACUUACUUGGGAGCUAACGAAAUGCCGAUACUGUUUCCAUUCGCUGCUCAACUCCGGAAGCUGGAUCUGAUCUAUGCGUUUCUCGAAACUAAUGAUCAUUGUAAACUAAUCCAAAAGUGUCCUAAUCUGGAAGUUCUCGAGACGAGGAAUGUAAUAGGAGACAAGGGUCUAGAGGUUCUUGCAAAGUGCUGUAAGAAGUUGAAGCGGCUGAGGAUCGAACGGGGUGCAGAUGAAGAAGAGAUGGAUGACGAAAGACGAGGUGCAGAUGAAGAUGGGAAUGAGGACUUAGGAUAUUUAGUCACACAGAGAGGAUUAACGGCUUUGGCUCACGGCUGCAAGGAGCUAGAGUACAUGGCGGUGUACGUGACAGACAUAACCAACGAGUGUCUCCGAACCAUAGGCGCGUAUCUGAAAAACCUCCGCGACUUCCGCCUCGUCUUGCUCGACCAGGAAGAGAGAAUAGUAGCAGAUUUGCCGCUGGAUAAAGGAGUGAGAUCACUCUUGAUGGGAUGCGAGAAACUCAGACGGUUCGCGUUCUAUCUCAGGCCAGGCGGCUUGACGGACGUGGGGUUAGGCUACAUAGGACAGUACAGUCCAAACGUGAGAUGGAUGCUUCUCGGUUACGUUGGUGAGACAGACGAAGGACUGGUGGAGUUCUCGAGAGAAGGGUGUUGUCCGAAGCUGCAGAAGCUGGAGAUGAGAGGUUGUUGCUUCAGCGAGAGAGCGAUCGCUGCAGCGGUGAUGAAGCUGCCUUCGCUGAGAUACCUGUGGGUGCAAGGGUACAGAGCUUCAGAGACAGGGCAAGAUCUGAGGGUAAUGUCUAGACCGUACUGGAACAUAGAGCUGAUUCAAGCAAGAAGAGUCCCGGAAGCGGAUGAAAUGGGAGAGGUAAGUGAGGUGGAGCAUCCUGCUCAUAUACUAGCGUAUUACUCGCUGGCUGGUCAGAGAACAGAUUGUCCACCAACUGUUAGAGUCCUUGAUUGAGAUGAUACAAAGCAGGUUUGUACAUAAAAGAUUUGGUCAUAUCUGUAGUCUUCCAUGAACUGUGUAAUGGAUUCUUUUACUUCUUCUUACUGUUGUAUUGUCAGUGGUUUUGAGAGAUUACAUAGAUUCUUGUUUGUAAGGAGGGGCCUGGGCAUUACUUUUUUUUUCUACAUUGGACUACAGUGAAAUAUAAGUCAUGGUGUUUCUGA